AUGAGCUCUAAGAAAACUGCUCGCCAACCCGAGGACGAAUCACCUAAUCUAAGACCCUACCUAUCUCCACGAAUGAACUCCACUAAUGAAUCUCAAGUUCCUGGCACGGAUAGCUAUGCUGAGCCCGGGGCUAUGCCCGAUCAGCAGUACCAAGAAACGCGGACACCAGCGGCGAGUGCACAAGCUGGCCCUACGAUGCCAGCGGGACCGCCACCACCUGUUCCUCAACCUGGUCCUACCCCGUCCGAGGCCACUGGCACGGCCCAGAUGCUAGCUAGCCUAGUAAACAUGCUUUACAUGCGGCAGCAGGCCAUGACUACCAGCCAGCAGCAGAUGCACAAUUUCAUGGCGCAACAGGCACGAUUCCAACAGGAGAUGUACGAGAUGCAGGCGCGAGCCAAUCGUCAGAAGCAGAAGGCUAACCCGCCCAAGUUUUACGGGCAUGCCGAUGAUGAUCUGGAGCUGUGGCUCUUUCAAAUCGAAGAGCACUUUGCUGCGUACACUCUUGAGAUGGGCAGCAAUGACUCACGAUUUGUUGACAUGGUCGUCCCAUUUCUGGUCGUAGACGUCAUGGCAUGGUAUCGCGAAUUCAAUCUUGCGAUGGGCCCCAAUCCCCGUACGUGGUCUUUGUUCAACUAG